GACACAGAGCGCGGAGCUCACGCUUUCUUGCCAAAGGGACCUUUAGCGCUGUCAGACUGGAUACGAUAAGAACUGUACCUCUCAUUAGCUGAAGUUUUGCCGGAAAUAAAGUGCUCAAAUGGUGUCAACAGUUUUAACAGCGAGGGUGCAAAUGUGUUUCAUGUGUUUGCGCUCAACAGUGAGGUAGACUUAUUCGGGCGCGUUUUUCCACUGUCGGUGUGUAAUUUAUCCCGUGGAUGCGGCUGUCGGGGUCGACGCUUGAGCCCCGCAGGACCAGCCUGUCAUAGGGCAUCAUGAUUUCUCCGGUUCUGCCCAAGUGGAUAAGGAAUAUCCCCCCAGAGAUGCUGCUGUUGGUGCACAUAUUGUGUUUUAUACUCCAAAGUGAAGCGGCUCCUUCUCUCACCACCGAACAGCUGGACAUGGGGGUGGACUGGUUGAGUAAGUUUGGCUACCUCCCACCGCCUGACCCAGUGACCGGCCAGCUUCAGACCAAAGAGGCUCUAACCAACGCCAUCAAGGCCAUGCAGAGGUUCGGAGGGCUGAGGGUGACGGGACUCUUAGAUCAAGCCACACUGGGUCUCAUGAAAACUCCCAGAUGCUCUCUGCCAGAUGUGUCUGAAGCUGAGGUGACAACGGGGCGCAGGAAACGAAGCUUGAACCCGCAGAACAAAUGGAACAAGAGGCAUCUGUCCUGGAGAGUGAGGACCUUCCCAAAGGAUUCAGCCUUACUGGGCAGGGACACUGUCCGAGCCCUCAUGUACUACGCCUUAAAGGUCUGGAGCGACAUCGCACCCCUGAACUUCCAUGAAGUGGCCGGCAGUGACGCAGACAUUCAGAUCGACUUCACUAAGGCUGACCAUAAUGAUGGAUAUCCCUUCGAUGGGCCGGGGGGCACCGUGGCGCACGCUUUUUUCCCUGGUGAGAGGUUCACAGCUGGGGACACGCACUUCGAUGAUGACGAGGCCUGGACCUUCAGAUCACCAGAGUCUCACGGGAUGGAUCUGUUCGCGGUCGCAGUCCAUGAGUUUGGUCACGCCAUCGGCCUCGUCCACACCUCAGCCAUGGAGUCUAUCAUGAGACCGUACUACCAGGGUCCUGUGGGAGACCCUCUGAAAUAUGAUCUGCCCUAUGAGGACAAAGUACGCGUCUGGCAGCUCUACGGUGUCAGAGACUCUGUCUCCCACACGGAUCAACCAGGCAACCCCUCUCAAACUCCAGAACCUCCUGUCCUGCUGGAUCUUCCUGAAAACCGUUCCACCCUGCUGCUGGCGCAAGAUGCCCCAGACAGAUGCACCAGCCACUUUGAUGCCGUAGCCCAAAUACGAGGGGAGGCCUUCUUCUUCAAAGGAAAGUACUUUUGGAGACUAACGCGAGAGAAGCAUCUGGUGUCGCUGCGUCCAGCACAGAUUCAUCGCUUCUGGAGGGGCCUUCCUCCCAACCUGGACAGCGUGGAUGCCGUUUAUGAGAGACCUGGGGACCACAGAAUAGUAUUUUUCAAAGGAGUAAAGUAUUGGGUGUUUAAAGAUAACAACGUAGAGGAGGGUUACCCUCGUCCAAUCAGUGACUUUGGCCUCCCAGUGGAAGGAAUAGAUGCAGCCUUUGUUUGGCUACACAACGACAAAACGUACUUCUUCAGAGACAACCACUACUGGCGUUACGAUGACCACCUACGGAGGAUGGACCUGGGUUACCCUAAAGACAGCGCGCUGUGGAAGGGGCUCCCACCUCAACUGGAUGAUGCCAUGAGGUGGUCUGAUGGUUCGUCCUAUUUCUUCAAGGGGAAGGAGUACUGGCGAGUGCCGGGCAGUGACAUGGAGGUGGAGGCUGGAUACCCCCACCUCAUUGCAAAGGACUGGCUGUUCUGCACUGAGAUGCAGUCGGACUCUCCGGACACAGAGGCUAAAAGCACAGAGACAAGGGUCAACGUGCACCGCCAGCCUGACCAUGCGGAGAAUGGAUACGAGGUGUGCUCCUGCACCUCGGACAGCGCUUCGACUUUGGGAGCCCGUCCUUCUCUUUCACCUGUUUGGCUUCUGCUACCUUUGUGGAUGCUCUCGCUGACUCUCUGCUCCGAACUGUUAUGAUGCUAAAGCAUGAGGCAAAAUUUUUGUGUUGGGUCUCAAAUAAAGAGAGAGAGUCAUAAAUGGAAGCUCAGCCAAAAAGAACUGGGAGAAUGUGUUCAUAUUGAUAGAUUUUUUUUGUGUUCUGUUAUUUAUUUUCAAUCGGCCAUUUGAUUUCAGUCGGUCUUGUCAAGCGCCUUGCAGUAUGUGCAGGUUGUACUCCAAUCAUUGAUGGGCAUCAAUCCACUGAAAGUUGCAGUUUUAAUGUUGUGCUUUACAAACCAACACAGAACCAGAAGUUAUAUAUCUUUACUUUUUGAAUGGCAAUUUGCUUCAUCUUUCCUUGGAAGGCUGACUGAAUAAGAUUGUUCAAACAUACAUUAAUUCUUGAAAUAUUUGGCAUUGCCAUCAUUUUGAAUAUUUUAGUUUUUAUUGGCUUAAAUGCUCUGUCAGCUUUAAUUUGAGGGAAUUCACAUCCAAACUGGAAGGAGGUUUUCAGCAUAACAGAAUGACAGCUCUUUAAUAUGUACUACAGUAUUUUUCAGAAGAUGGGGCAUUAGCAUAACAAUAAAAAAUGUUUAUUUUUGACUUUUUUUUUUUUUUUGUCCGGAGCCUUCUGCAGCCAAGAGCUGCUUAAAGUCUUUAAAGCCUUGGCCUUAACCAAAGAAUUGGUCUGUUUCAUCCAGUUAUCUUCUUUCCGUUGUUAGGUUGUUUUCAGGAAGUGAAACGGAGCUCAGUGAGGUUGAAAUGAGGUGGUGGAUUCUGACAUUGUGAUGUAUUCUGUCUUUACCAGCAAAACCUGUUGAAGUUUUGAGGGGAUUUCUUUACACCGAGUUCAUCUUUGUGUUCUUUUUUCCCCCAAAAUCUGCUGAACUGCUGAUUUUUCCCUCCUGUUGUUCCUGCUCUAAUGGAUUUCACUUUUUAUUGCCAUAUAUGCUCUGUUUUGCUCACAUUGAGGGCUUUUUUCAGAUCAGUUCACCCAAAAAAACGUUUAAAAGGAAAUACCACACGAGUCCAGACCUUCUCGAGUGAAGUAGAAACAAUGAAGGAAUAGCCUGCAGUCUGUGGAAAAAGCUCUCUAGUCAAUCCCUAAAGAGGAUUUGACAACUUAAAGAGGUGUAAUUCCUCAACAUUUACAUCAACUCAAAUGUGAAUCCUCUCAAAUUGAAACUCCCAAAGCCCAUUGAAAGCUGUGUCCAACUGUCGGUAUCCAAAUAUGUUCAGAUCUGCAUGCUCAUGUGAAAUUUAACAGUUAACAAACAGAGCCAAUAGUGGGAUGUUUUUUCAUGUGCAAAUCUACAGUAAUGAAUGCUGUAAGGAGAUUUUUUUUUUUUAAGUUUAAAACACUUAAGUCAAAAUAACAGCAGACAUCUUUAGAAAUGUCUCUUCCUGCUGAGAGUUAGAUGAGGACUUUGAAGCCGUUCACGUAUCUGUUCAGUUAAUAGGCACUGCUAAGACAUUAUUUUCUUUAAGUCACACAAAAACCGUAAUUAAGUUAAAUAAGUUGUCUUUCUCUUACAGAAGAUAUCAGAUUUUUCUCAUCCGGCUCUUGGGUGAAGUGGCAUAUUUCUCAAAGAGUCAAACAUUUGCUCUGAAUGGAGACUGACGAGUAAAACUCCCUGCCAGGCUGCAAAACUGCCUCCCGUCACUUCCCAGCAGAUGGUUCCCCUCAACUUUAGGCUGACCACGAACAUCCCGGUCACGACCUCAGGUGCAAGUCCACCAGGUCCUUGGGGAAGAGACAGGAUUGUUACUAAACCACAUUUAGUCUCCUGACAUCUUGAGCUAUCAUAGUAGGCGUUUGACUGGCAUCCAUCUCUGCAGAGAGGUACCCUGGGAUGUCAUGUCGGUAGACUGCAGAAGACACGUGAAUGGCAUGAUGGAUGUUGGCAGGUAUAGGCAGUACUCGAGUU